AUGACUGGUCAGUACAUAAGUAAUAGGUUGGAUUGGAACUCGUUGGGGGAGCUAUCUAUCUUUCGUGAUAUAAAGGAUGAGCUAGCUAAGGAACAGGAUAAGAACAAUCGAAAUGGGUUAAUUAAUGGGAUGAAAACAGAACGUGGCGGUAGGAAGAGUGGCUCUAGAGUGUGCAAAAGUCGAGAUUUGUGUGGUGGGGCUUUGCCUUUGGCUGCUUAUAGUGUUUUUGAAGAGACGCCAUUUUAUUCAAGAAGUUGUAGAGGUCAUCGGAAUGGGAAGUUCGAUGUUUUGUAUAUGAGAGAGGAACAACUCAAGAGAAAUAAGAAUGCUAUACGGUAUCUAGGGUGGAAUUAUAUCAAAGUUAUGGGUUUGAACAAGACUAUGUGUCAGUUGGAGGAAGAACGAAAACAGCGAAUGCAAGAGGUGGAUGCGUUUGACGAUAUAAAUAACGCUAGAGCCGUCUCAGUUCAUAAUACACCUGCACGUCCACACCUUCAAGAGGAGAAUGUUGACGAAUUUGGUGGUGGUAACAGUUUUCAGGACUUAAACAUUAUGGCUAAUGAUGAGCUGUCUGAAGAAGACGAGAUAUCCUACGAUUACGAUGCAGAAUAUGCAAGAGUUGAAGAUGAUGAAGGUGAUUAUGAAACAAAUGACGGGGAACAUCAUGGACAUCGUAUAUCUUCAGCUAUAGCUAGAGCAACAUCUGAAGAUAGCAAUCAAGUGCAGGAAGAAACGCCAAGCUCUAGAAGCGAUCCAAACAUUCAAUUAAAUCAGAAUACUGUAAGCCGCAAUAACGCUACAAGGGGACUCUCCAUACAGCAAUUUGUGGAGACAUCUUAUAUUAGGAAUCAUCCUUAUGAAUCUGAAGAUGAGUAUGAGUACACUAAUGGCGAUGUGGACACUAAUGAUGAUCAUGAUUUCACAGAAGUGCCUUCUAUUACAAUAUCAGAUACUGUUCAAAGUGCUGAUGGUCAACGGAUAAGCAGUUUAAACAAUAACGGAAAUAAUAUGAGCAUAGAGCAGUUUGAUCGUUCGAUUAAUUACCAGUUCACUGAGUAG